AUUAAACUUGAAAAGCAAACAAAAAAAAAAGAAGAGAAUAAGCAAUCAACCAAACGUUGCCUUCCUGUCCUGUCCUGUCCUGUCCUGUCCUGUCCUGUCCAUAUUGAACAGGGCUGCUCUCUCAUUAUCCAAACAAACAUACAGAAAGGCAUACACAGAGAGAAAUAUAUACUCUAACAAGGAUUAUUAUUGAUCAUACAAAGAAAAAUGAGGGAAGUAAUAAGUGUUCAUAUCGGUCAAGCUGGAAUUCAAGUGGGAAAUUCUUGUUGGGAGCUUUUUUGUCUUGAACAUGAAAUUCAGCCUGAUGGAAUGAUGCCCAGUGAUGCAUCUAUAGGUGUUGAACAUGAUUCAUUCAACACCUUCUUUAGUGAAACUAGUUCAGGGAAGCAUGUGCCAAGAGCUGUGUUCAUCGAUUUGGAACCAACUGUCAUCGAUGAAGUCCGCACAGGGCCUUACCGACAACUAUUUCAUCCGGAGCAGCUCCUCUCUGGGAAAGAAGACGCUGCCAACAACUUUGCUCGAGGACACUAUACAGUUGGAAAGGAUAUGAUCGAAGUGUGCCUUGAUCGGGUUAGGAAAUUAGCCGAUAGCUGCACUGGACUGCAGGGCUUCUUGGUGUUCAAUGCUGUUGGUGGUGGGACUGGUUCUGGUUUCGGUUCCUUGCUUUUGGAACGCUUGUCUGUCGAGUAUGGUAAAAAAUCCAAACUCGGAUUUACAAUCUAUCCUUCUCCUCAGGUAUCAACAGCCGUCGUUGAGCCAUACAACAGUGUUCUUUCCACUCAUUCACUUUUGGAACACACCGAUGUCUCUGUGGUCUUAGACAACGAAGCAAUAUAUGAUAUAUGUAGAAGAUCCCUAAGCAUCGAGAGACCAACAUAUACGAACUUGAACCGCUUAAUAUCCCAAAUAAUCUCUUCGUUAACGACUUCUUUGAGGUUUGACGGAGCCAUCAAUGUGGAUAUUACCGAGUUCCAAACUAACCUCGUGCCUUAUCCUCGUAUACAUUUCAUGUUAUCAUCGUACGCACCAGUCAUCUCAGCUGAAAAGGCUUACCAUGAGCAAUUGUCAGUACCUGAGAUCACAACCUCUGUGUUCGAGCCUACGAGUAUGAUGGCGAAAUGUGAUCCUAGACACGGGAAAUACAUGGCCGCGUGUUUGAUGUAUCGCGGUGAUGUUGUUCCUAAAGAUGUCAAUGCUGCUGUUGCCACCAUCAAGACGAAAAGAACGGUUCAAUUUGUCGAUUGGUGCCCGACUGGAUUCAAGUGCGGAAUCAACUACCAACCGCCAACAGUAGUACCGGGUGGUGAUCUAGCGAAGGUACAACGCGCAGUAUGCAUGAUCAGUAACAAUACUUCUGUAGCUGAAGUAUUCGCGAGAAUUGAUCAUAAAUUCGACCUUAUGUAUGCAAAAAGAGCGUUUGUGCACUGGUAUGUCGGUGAAGGUAUGGAAGAAGGCGAGUUUUCUGAAGCUCGAGAGGACUUAGCUGCCCUCGAGAAAGACUAUGAGGAAGUCGGUGCUGAGGGCGGUGGUGAAGACGACGAUGAGGAGGAAUACUAAGAUCAAAGAUGCAUGAGUAGCAUCACAUUCACAUACAGGAUGGUGUGUUGGUGAUUUACUCUGUUCUAUCUGUUUUCUUGUAUCAUAUUUUUUCCAGUGUGCAUUAUUAUUGUAAUUAUAUUAUUUUUGUUGAAAAAUUGGUUUUGCAUUGAAUUUCUUGAAAAAUUUAUCAUCUAAUGCAUGAAUAUGUAAUUGUUUAGGCAUUCAGAUUUUUAAAAAUGUUUCUUGUAUUUGAAUAAAAUUUAAGUUUUCUUGUCCA